AUGAUCCUGGAUGUAUUGAAAAUUUCUCCAAUAUUAACGAUCUGUAUUUGUGGAGUUACAGCAUGGUGUGAUUUAGAUCUUGCAAUAUUAUUUCCUGAACGUAUAUGUGAAGGAAUUUCACCGGAUCAAAAUGAAAUAUUCCUGGAAUUAAAUAUCGAUCAUUUACUGCAUUGUAUUCGUCCGAAUACUCAAUCUACAUCUAGUCGUAAUCCUUUAUACAAUUCAAAUUGCACAUCGAACUCAUAUACAACAGUGAAUAAAUCUCGAAUUGGAUCUAAUUCUGUAACAGGAAUGAUUAGUAAUUUAGAUCAGUCAGUUUGUCGACUACUUGGUUUGAAAAUAAAAUUAGUUAGACGUAAAACUCCUUGUUUAGCAAUUGAAUUGGAUCAGUCAAGUGUUACAGGUCAUCCACGCGCUGUUUGGCAUUUUAUUCCCGUUCAAGUUGUACCUCCUCGUUUAUGGGAUGAAUUUGUUGAGCUACCAGAUCCAGAUUUUAAUGUGAGUAUUUCUUCCCACCAGUGA